GCUGGGCAACCACUGGGCUGCCUCCAAGAUGCUGCCCCCCAGCCUCGCAGCGGUGGAGGUGAUCUUCAUCGUGGACGGCCAGGCCAUGCUUUCGGACUCCCACUCCGUGCGCCACAUCGUCCCGAAGUCUGUGGUGCUGGAUCCCGAGAUCUUCGGCCUCCGGGAG